AUGGAGCGCACCUGCCAGUUGCCCACGGAGAAGGUGUUUCCCAUUCAAAUUGGUUCGGAGCUCUUUCGUCUCUCAGGUGCUUCACUCGCCUCUGAUGCUCCCUCCUACUUCUCGCGCUUCUUCGAGGACCAAUUACUUCAAACCCAAGAUGCAUCUAAUAUCCGAACCCUGUACAUCGAUCGGGACCCCACUACCUUUCGCGAGAUCGCCAGACAUUUACAGGGCUACCAUGUCCGCCCCCAAGACGGCGCGCAAUUCGUGAAACUAUUCGCCGAUGCCCAGUUCUACACGUUACCCCGGUUGAUGUCCCAGCUCUUCGAAUCGGAAUGCUUCAUCCAGAUCGGCGACCGACACUUCCAGAUCCCCCGCGAUAUCUUCUCCGGUCCCGGUGAUUCACCGAACUUCUUCACACUCGGAUUCGCAGCAUUUUUCGCGUCCCCCUCCGAGGUCUUUCCAGGACUCGAUCGCCAGGGCCUGCUGCGACCCCCAGCCAUCGUGCCCCCAAGCGUGCCGAACCGGUCGGCCGAUGUAUUUGACGAGCUCCUCCAUUUACUGCGUGGAUAUCUUCUUCAUAUUAGAAACGAGGAUCACCGCGCAGCACUCUUGCGCGAUUGUCGAUACUUCCAUCUACGUGGCUUGGAGCAAAAGUUGAUACCACAUCUGAUCACGACGAACCCUUUCACUCAACGACCGGAAAUCAUCAUCCGACUGGAGGAUGUGCGGCCCUCUGGGGUGCAGUCGGCUCUUGAUGAGAAGGGGUCCCUCACAGCUGGUGGAGUAGUGACAUACAAGCGACCCUUUGUAGAUGAGAAGGCAGCUGAUCUGGUUCUUGAGAUUGGCGAGGAAACCAGUAUCAUCCACAAGGAGAGCAUGGGCGUCGACUUUAUCGGUCUGACAAAGCAACGGAUCAUCAGUCUAUUGGGAACAAUAAGCAAAAAGAUGAACUUGGACUCGAAGAUUACACUGAGCCAAGUCCCGAUGAACAUCCGCGUGAAUAACGAUGCAGACGUAACUAUUGAUGGUCAGCCAGGUCAGCAUUUGAUGGCUAAAGACGAAGCUGUUGAGCCUUCAGCUAAAAGAUCACGUUCGGAUAGAUCGGAUGCUCCGUGGGUUGUUCGCACAGGACAAUGGAGACUGCAGGUCCAGAAUGGGCAUGCUGGAUGGGAGGUCAUCCUGGUCGCUGACAAGUUGGACGUUUAUACCAGCGCACAGGUUCGGAAUCGAUCGCGUACAUUCCUUUAG